AUGGAUCUGCUGCUGAUCAUCGUCCUCUCGUCUUUGGAGCUGCUUGCAGCGCUGUGCUUCGCUGUGGACAAGUGGCAGGCAAGAAGAGGAGGUCGCCGCAUCCCUCGCAAGCAUCUCCUCGUUCUUCUGCUUCUGGGGCCCUUUCUGGCCACGGUCGCCAUGGUGCUGCUACACCACAAGGUGCGAAAGCGCCGAUUCCUGAUUGGAAGUGUCGUCGGAGGAGUGCUUCGGGUGGGCAUGGCCGUUGCCUGGAUAGAGCUUUUGCAUUUUGACGCAGGUCUUUUGGCGUAUACUUCUGUCGGUGGUUGUGCCUGGCUGGCGGCGCUCUUGCUGCAAGCUCGCCGCGGCUGCCACUGUGAGCCCUCUACGGAGCAUGGGCCAGGUGGCGCAGGCCCGGUCGCAGUGGGCCGGGCCAGAGAGGGAGCGGCCUUGCGUAUUUGA